AUGAGCCAAACGGUGAACCUUGACCGGGCUGAAAUUGCCCAGGCCGAGCUGACUAGGGAAGGUGUCCCCGUCGCCGCCGCGCCCUUGGGUACUGUUGCGGAAGUCAAAGCUGGCGAGGGCCACAUCGACAUUACGAAAGAGGCAGAGCUGUCGCCUUCGGACGACGGCACCGCUACAGAAUUUGACGACCUGCCGACCGAGGAGGAGAUGCACACACUGCGCAGAGUUUCUGGCAAGAUUAAGUGGUCUGCUUACUCCAUCGCAUUCUGCGAGUUGGCUGAAAGAUUCUCGUACUACGGUUCGACAAUCCUGUACACCAACUUCAUACAGUGGCCUCUUCCUGAUGGACCUGGCCACAAUACCGGUGCUGGCCAUUCGGGCCAGUCUGGUGCCCUAGGUAUGGGCCAGCAAGCAGCCACAGGCCUGGUUCUGUUCAAUCAGUUCUUUGCCUACCUCAUGCCGCUUCUCGGUGCAUAUAUCGCCGAUGCUAAGCUUGGUCGUUACAAGACCAUCCAUAUUGCUAUUGGCGUUUCUAUCAUUGCCCACGUCAUCCUUGUCGCGGCAGCUGCCCCAGGUGUGAUCGUGCACAGCAAAUCUGCUUUGGCAGCGCUGAUCAUUGGUCUCCUGACGCUUGGUGUUGGUACUGGUUUCUUCAAGGCCAACAUUUCUCCCCUGCUGGCUGAGCAAAACCACGACCGUCGCAUUCGUGUCGAGACCCUGAAGAGCGGCGAGCGCGUCAUCAUCGACCCUGCUGUCACCAACACCCGGAUCUUCCUCUAUUUCUACUUUGCCAUCAACGUCGGCUCUCUGACCGGUCAAAUCGCCAUGGUCUAUGUUGAGAAAUAUGUCGGUUUCUGGCUAGCAUUCCUGCUGCCAACUGUUCUAUUCUUCAUCGCGCCCAUCAUCCUUGCAAUCAACAAGAAGAACUACACCCUCAACCCGCCGACUGGAUCCGUGCUCUCCAAGUUCUUCCACAUGUUCGGCUACGUCAUGAAGGGCAAGUGGUCACUCAACUUCGCCAAACUGAAGAGGGAAUUCACCUGGGAUGUGGCCCGCCCAUCCAACGUGCCUGUCCAACAGCGACCUAAUUGGAUGACUUACGAUGAUGCCUGGGUUGACGAGGUUCGCCGCGGUCUCAAGGCCUGCAAAGUCUUCCUUUUCCUGCCCAUCUUCUUCCUGGCUUACAACCAAAUGACUGGCAACCUGACCUCCCAGGCUGCCACUAUGGAGCUGCACGGUGUUCCCAACGAUAUCAUUCAGAAUCUAAACCCUAUCUCGAUCGUCAUUCUCAUCCCCAUCCUGGACAAGUUCGUCUAUCCUGGUCUCCGCAAGAUGGGUAUUGCAUUCACGCCAGUGAAGCGUAUGGCUCUUGGAUUCGCCUUCUCCGCCCUUUCCAUGGUCUGCGCCGCUGUCACCCAGCACUACAUCUACAAGAUGUCCCCUUGCGGCGAUCGUACCACUGUUGACCAGUGCACUGCCCCAAUCAACGUGUGGGUGCAGUCGAUCCCCUAUGUCCUUGUCGGUAUCAGCGAGAUCUUCACCAACACCACCUCCUACGAGUAUGCCUUCUCCAAGGCACCCGAGAACAUGAAAUCUCUUGUCAUGUCCGUCAAUCUCUUCAUGAGUGCCAUCUCCAGCGCCAUCGGCCAGGCUUUCACCCCUCUCUCCAUCGAUCCCCUGCUGGUCUGGAACUAUAGCACCGUUGCUAUCAUUGCUGCCGUGGGUGGUGCCCUGUUCUGGCUCUGCUUCCACAAGCUUGACAAGGAGGAAGACAUGUGGAACAACAUCGCACGCUCCAAGUACCAGGGCAAUCAGCAGCCCAAUGCUCUUCAAGAGAAGACUGACCCUGAUACCACUGUUUGA